AUGCUGCCUCUAGUCCAGGUGCACCAGGCGGUGCCGACGCCGAACCCGAACCCGUUCGAGACGAACCCUUCUUUUCGGCAGCAGUCUUACGCUUACCACAACCAGUUCGAUCAGGGCCCCAAGCAUGGUCUUCUCGCACAACACCGUGCUUUCCCGAUCCGUGCCUCACAGCCGCCGCACUCGGGCCACUUGUCUUGCGGCCCCAGUUCGAACGAAAACUACCUGAGGAGGAAAACGCCAAAUGGCAUUAUAGACGCCGCGUAUGAUGGGACACACGCCCAGCUUGCUACAGGGCCACCGCCCCUCAAGCACAUGAUUCUCUCCGGCGCCGCGAGCCUAUCCUCGACUCCAGCUGCCUCAACCAACUAUGACUAUGCUGCGGCUGGCCAGCCGGCCUGGCUGCCGCGUGGGGCUGCUGCUGCUGCUGCUGCGAUGGCGACUGGCUUUUCCGAACCAAGAGGCUUUAAUACGGCCGACAUGAAUUCCUUUGCUUAUGACAUGAAUUGGCGUCAAGGCCCCGACCACGGCUUGCGGCCUGCCAUGGCUGUCGACUCUGCGCCAAGUGUUCCCUCGGGGGCCUACUACCCAUAUAAUAAUUCGCUUCGUGUCCCCGCCGUCAUUCAACCAAACUAUCAACAAUCUCCUGGGCCUACUAUAUUCAACAAUGGUGGCAUGGCUCCUCCUCAGGCAUGGCCAGAGAUGAACGCCCAGGGCCUGGAAGCUACCGCGUUCGGCAUUCACGCACACCAAUAUAUUCAUCCACAAGCUCCUUAUCCCUCCAUGCCAAUGUUCCAGGCGGCUGGGCAUGGUUUCCGCCCAGAUCUAGUGCAGAACAACCUUCAAACGCCCGCGCAAAGGCUCGAAUCCUUGACUCUCGACUCAUCCGCAUACAAUGGAACAGGAUCGCGCAUGCUUGAUUCAUCAAAUUCCGUUGGGUUUCGUGAAAAAGCUUUGUCAAACGCCCACCGGACCUAUGUCGAGCUACUGGCCCAUUUGCAUGCUCACAGAAAGUCGGCUUCGGCUCGCUCAUCUGGUCGAUCGUCAUCCAAGAUGAUAAUUUAUCCAAAAGUUCCUUCUGUUCCAAAGCAAACCGCCUCAACCUUUAGUCGACAUCAAUCCUUCGGUCACGCGAACUCGCUCCAACACAUGACACCACCAGUGUCACAGCUACCUCGCGGUCAUGGAGGGUCCUAUGAUCCUCUACUCAAUGUUACUGCUGGGCAUGCUGCGAGACUGGGAGAGGUGCACAACGCCUCAUUUCAUCAGCUGUCCCAUGGAGGCCCGGUCACUUAUCAUUCAGCUGGGCUUCAACGACCCAUGACUGGCGGCUCACCAGUUCACAGUGCCAUGACAGCUGCAAAUGUGCUACACCAUCUGUGCGAACAAAGUGACUGGCAGUGGGUUGAUGGCAUGCUCUUGGGGGGCUGCCUGUACUACGGACUUGAGAAGUAUGAAGAGGCUCUUGAGUGGUUUGCUCGGGUCUUGGUCGUCGACAAGAGUCAUAUUGAGGCGUUGUGCAACAAGGGCGCAACACUAUACUGUUUGCACCGGAACAGCGAAGCAGAGGAGCAUUGGCUUGAAGCCGUCAAACAGAAACCGAGCUAUCUGGAUGCUGUGGAACAUCUCGUUGGGCUUCUUUGCUCAGCGCAGCGCAGCCGGGAGGCUGUUGGGAUCAUCAGCAGCGUGCAACGUGCACUGCGGAUUCAAGACCAUUCCAAUACCGGUCACCAAAGGAUCAUGCAAGGGGCAGAUUUGCAUGCUUCCGCGACGGAAAACAUACCCACGGAUACGGCAAUUGUAGAUUACCUGGUGGCCAGAGAGCCUGUCCCUCCCUCCGCCCAGCCGGGUUACGGCUCCAGUGGCUAUCGGGUCCCGGGAAGCGAAAAUGGGCGGAUGGUUGCCUUAGUUCAUGCCAAAGGUAACAUGCUCUACGCCUUGAAGGAGAUUGGUAAGGCGUCAGAGGCCUUUGAGGAAGCAGUGCUCAUUAGCGCGGGAAGAGGGGUCAAGUGUGUUCAAUCCUUGAUAGACAGGAUACACUAUGUCCUUGCCCCUAGAAACGCGAAUGCGCUUCUCGGUCAUGGCCAGGAAACCAUUCCUGCGGGGCCUCUUCUGCUGCCGCCCGAAAAGGCGAGGCAUACGGCUCAACUUGUGUUCACUAACAACGGAGAGCUCCCUGGGCUGCGUUUUGUACCUCACGGAGUCUCCAAGAAGUCGGCAAUAUCGACAACAAGCAAUUCCUUGCUAUCCUUGGCUAAAAUCUUCCAAGAUGGUAUGUCUCAUGGGGGUCUGAUUCAAGCUCGUAUGAGACAGCCACCCGGCGUUGGUGAUAUCCUGGCUCUAUACUAUUUAUCACUCUCCUUGUCGGAAAGCCCCUCGACUGCCAACAAUGUAGGCAUUCUUCUUGCGAGCGUCCAGCAGUCUGCAAUCCCACAGCCUCAGGCUCUGGGAGAAAGCGCAGCAGCAACAUACUCCAUCCCGGGCAUAGUCCCGGGGAGCGGCCUCGACUUGGCCCUAGCAUACUAUAAAUAUGGACUGGAACUUGACAAUAAGCAUGUCCACCUUCAUACUAACUUGGGUAGUCUCCUCAAGGAUGUCGGCCAGCUUGAUAUGGCUAUUGGACUGUACGAACAGGCUGUCAAGUGUGAUGGCACCUUUGAUAUUGCAUUGACGAAUCUGGCCAAUGCUGUCAAGGAUCGUGGCCGUAUCAAUGAUGCUGUAAUGUAUUACAAGCGUGCUGUGCAAGCCAAUCCCAAUUUUGCCGAGGCUGUGUGUGGACUUUCGACGGCUUUGAAUUCAGUCUGUGACUGGCGAGACCGUGGCGGCAUCGUCUUUCCAGGCUACAGAUACGAUCGCUGGCAUGUCGACGAAGGUGGUAUGCUACGAGAUGCGAGGAAUACAGCUGCCAAUUUCGGCCUGGUCAGCCGCGUGGCCGAUAUAGUCAGCAGACAGCUCGGUGAGUCCUCACACUGGGGCGCUGGUGUGCUGAGAAAUGGCACACUCGAGGCCAUUGUAGCACAGCUGCGCGCUGCCGGUGCAGAUCGGACCGAUGGAGAGCUCAACCUCGAGCUUGAGGUUCAGAAGUGGGCAGGGCGUUCCUGGGAAGGAUCUCGGCUACUUCGUCUCCUGGAACGGUCCAUCAAAGCAACAACUCGUCUUUGGUAUCAGGACAAAUACAUUCGCGGCCGAGUGUCUGAAGUCGGCUAUCCUCGACCGCGUAUCCCGGCCUCUCUGACGGUGCCAUCUGCGCCCACUGUCUUACCAUUCCACACUUUUACGUGUCCUCUGAGUGCAAGGGAUAUUCGCAUGAUAUCUCAGCGUAACGCUUUGCGUAUUUCGUGCUCGACCUUGAGGUCUCCAUGGCUGCCCAACUCAGUGUAUCCCCCGCCGGCUCCGCCGCAACCUCAUCUCAACGUUGGCUAUAUAUCAUCGGACUUCAACAAUCAUCCGCUAGCUCACCUAAUGCAAUCUGUCUUCGGCAUGCAUGACAUUAAACGCGCAAAAGCGUUCUGCUACGCAACCACGGCUAGUGAUCGAUCUACACAUCGCGAACAAAUCGAGCGGGAGGCGCCCGUCUUCCACGAUGCCAGUAGUUGGUCAACCGAAAGGCUGCUGGAUCAGAUUGUGAAAGAUGGGAUACACAUCCUGGUUAACCUGAACGGGUACACGCGCGGCGCCCGGAACGAAAUUUUUGCGGCAAGGCCCGCACCCAUUCAGAUGUCAUUCAUGGGAUUUGCAGGCACGCUGGGGGCCGAGUGGUGCGAUUAUCUUCUCGCCGACGAGACGGCCAUCCCAUCGUCGACAUUGCGGCCUGUCAGGAGCAAUAUCAGCCUCGAGGACGUGUUCCGCGAUGAGGAGUCAGCAGAAGAGGAGGAUUGGAUGUACUCGGAGAACAUCAUCUUCUGCCGCGAUACUUUCUUCUGCUGCGACCAUGCACAGUCCAGCGGAGCUGAGGAGAGAGGCAUAACAUGGGAAGAGGAAUUGUCGCGGAGGUGGAAGAUGCGGAAGGAGUUGUUUCCAAAUCUCCCCGAUGACGCCGUCAUCCUUGGUAACUUCAACCAACUUUACAAGAUCGACCCGGCAACGUUCAGGUCAUGGUUGCGAAUCCUCUCUAAUGUGCCCAAGGCGGUACUGUGGCUUCUACGAUUCCCCGAACUGGGCGAGAACAAUCUCCGGAGGACAGCGAAGCAGUGGGCUAGUGAAGAGGUUGCCUCGCGUAUCAUCUUUACAGAUGUCGCGCCCAAGCAGCAGCACAUCUCCAGGGCUCGUGUCUGUGAUCUGUUUCUAGACACCCCCGAGUGCAACGCGCACACAACGGCGGCGGAUUGUUUGUGGUCGAGCACCCCGCUGCUAACAUUGCCAAGGUAUCCUUACAAGAUGUGCUCACGGAUGGCAGCUUCUAUCCUCAAAGGGGCUCUGCCCAGGGGCAAAGAAGGUGCGAGGGCUGCCGAGGAUCUGAUAGCCGAGGAUGAAGACGAUUACGAGGCUCUUGCCACGAGACUAGCCAGCGGACUGAGCUACAAAAUGACCAAUCGAUCGUACGGAGAAGGCCAGGGGAGGCUGGCCGAGUUGCGCAGGACCCUGUUCGACGCCAAAUGGACUUGUGCACUGUUUGACACUCGGAGAUGGGUCAGGGACUUGGAGGAUGCAUAUGACGAAGCGUGGCGCCGUUGGGUCAGUGGCGAGGCAGGCGACAUAUAUCUUUCAGAUGUGAAGACUGUCGCCAAGGCUCAGGGCGGAUAA